AUGCCUUCACGACUGCCUAGGCCCGGACUCAGUCAUGCCGCUUUCAUUAUUCCGACCCGGCCGGGAGGCGUCUGCUUUUUCACACAAUCCACGACAGCGCACCAGUCCUCACGAGAACAAAUAAGAAAAUCGCUACAAAAACCACCAGUGUCAUCGGCGUCCAACACCAAAGCACCCGUCCCCUACGUAUCGUUUCAGCCGGGCCCCUCCAACAUCCCAGACGCGCCGCUGGCCGUCCCGUCGCAAUGGCUCUCAUCGCAGAUCCGCGCCGCCGACAAGAUGGUCCUCUACAGGGGCAAGGGCAGCAGGCCUGAGUUUCUGUACUCGGCGCGGCGGUUCCUCGAGCUGCCGCGCAACACGCUCGUGCCCGAGGUUUGCCUGCUAGGCCGCUCCAACGUCGGCAAGUCGACCAUGAUCAACGCCAUCGCCGGCAUGCCCUCUGCCAAGACGGGCAACGUGAACAAGACCCUGGCCAAGAAGGGACUCGGCGAUGGAGGCGUCUCGGGCCUUGCCGUCACGAGCCGCAAGGCCGGCUGCACGCAGACCCUCAACUGCUACGGCUUCGGCCCGGCCCCCUCGACGCAGGUGUCGGGUUGCGAACUUUUAAUACCGACGAGGCCGGAGGACAGCGAGGGUGGAGAGGGUGCCGAGGUGGCUAGGGAGGUCGUCGGAGGCAGGUCGAGGAGCGAGGUCCGCGAGGAUGCUAAAGAGAAGGCUAGGAAUCGCGAGACGCAUAACCACUCGCUGUACAUUAUGGACAUGCCGGGCUACGGACACAACUCGCGCGAGGAGUGGGGCAACGAAAUUGUCAAGUACAUCCAGAAGCGCAAGAUGCUCAAGGGAGCGGUGCUGCUCAUCGACGCGGCGGCAGGCUUCAAAGAAGGGGACCGGGUCACGCUGCAGCUUUUGCGCGACGCACAAGUCCGGACUGCCGUCGUCCUUACAAAGGGGAACAAGGCGAUACUGGCCUUUGACCCGGCGGUGCAGGGCGGCGCGGACCUGAGCAACGAUCACCCAAUCGUCAAGGCCUGCGCCCAGGUCUGGGGGGAGCUGAGGAGGACGGAGCGGGAGGUUCCCCAACAAAGUUGGACCGAGGGCAACGGCUGGGAAAGGGACAUCUUCGUCACGGCCGCGCACAGCAGCCAAGAGGGGCGCAAGGACGGCGCCGCCUUCGGGCUGUCGGGUGUUAGGCUUGCCCUCUGUAAUAUGGCCGGUCUCAUCUCUGGCGUACAGUCCAGGACCAGAGAGCCUUCCAUCAAAGCGGCGAGUGAGACGAAGCCCGCAUCGCCUUCAAAGAUCGUCUCCUUUGACGAAAUCAUGUGGGCCCCGACGACGCUGCCGGCGUCUGGCCAGAGCCUGGAGCAGCCUGCGGAACCCGAACCCACCAUUGAUCCGUUUGAGGCUGCCUUUGGUGACUUUGCGAGUCCGAACGGGGACGUCGCCAAGGGCAGAGGCAGGAAGAGAAAGCAAAGAGCGCGCGCUGUCAGCCUCAAGGGCUCAAACGACGCAUUCACCUGGGGCGAUGAGGAGAAGCAGCCUGCACCCACGAAAAGUUUGUCAAAGUCUGGAAAGUCAAAACCAAGAAAGGGAAGCAACUCUCGAGGCGCGACUCCAGUAGACUCGUUCGAUGCGGUUUUCCUCGGUAGCGCGUCCGCUUCCAAGGUAAAACCAAAAAAGGGGGGUCGGUCUAGGUCUUCUUUUUAG